CAUAACGGGCGCUGAUCCAGACGCGACAGUGACGAAUCUUAAUCGGGACGCUCGUUUGCCGACACUCAGCAAGGGGGAUCAGACGAGAACGUCGGGCAGAGGACUCCACGAUAGAUACAAGCGGAGCGACGUGGACGACAAAGUGGAUCGCGUGAAGUCAGCUUGGCGGGCGUUACGGGAGAGUAAGAAUUGGGCCGAGGGGAAGGUUCACGUCGACCAGGUUGGCCCGAGCAAGUGGUCCGAGAUCAUCGGAAGGAUGACGCGCGACGCGGACAGGAUUCAACGGCGGUACCCGGCGGGCCCAGAGGCGAAUCCUUACCCGCGCGCGACCGACGUCUCCGAAGCGGCGACGCGCAAGUCGAGCCUGGAGGAGGAGCACUUCGCGAGAAACAUUCUACUCUUUCCCGAGAGGAGGUUCCCAAGAUUCAGGUCGGCGAGUUACAAUCGCUCGGGCAACUUGGGAACCGGCGUGAUCCAGCGGAAAACACGGACAUAUCACGAGGAAGCCGCGGAAGACACCUUGUCCGAACGCCCGUUCUCGUCGGAGACGCGACCGAUACACGCGCGGGAUAUCAAGGAUCGCUCGGUCGCGAGAAAAACGGGCAUUCGAGCUUCCAUCGAGGAGUACUUGCGGAAUUACAUCGACGGAGUUCACAGGUCGCCCGGGGAGGACGAGGCGGAGGUGCGAUCACGGGAUGCGGCGAGCGAAAUCACGGACGUGUUCGCAAGUCUCGAUAUCGAACCGUUGAAGGUCCUUUACGAGGACCUCUGGAGAAGAGAGAAACAGGACGAGGCUCGCGUCGAGGAUACCGAAGGAAGCGCGGGGAAGGACGACGGGGAAGGCUCGAACGUAGCGCGAAUCGAGUCUGUAUUCGAUGGUAUUCAGCGGGAUAAGACAUGGGGUGGUGAGAAGGUGGAGGAGCCGGAAAAUGACGGCUCGUUGGUCGGUGUUGCUUGUUCGAAACAAUCGGCGGCGACGAGUUGCGAAGAUGACGCUUUUAUUAAAACAGGACUGAACGUGAUCCCGAACAAAGGUGCAGCCGGUGAUAAACUGUCGCGAAUAUUGCGGUCGGAAUACUUGAGGAAAGAUCUGCUCUUGUAAUCCACUUGUGGUGAAUAAUAUCAGCUGGGCUCUCGCAUGUCGCGUUGCUUCUUAUGCGACACGAAUAGAAUAGUCGGCUCGCUUUGUUAUCGCUCUUCUAAAUCAUCGUUCGAGUGAGUAGUCCGAACGCUUUUUAUAAACCUCACUGCCUACCGCCGGCUUUUCAUCGCGACACACGACGAACCGAUGUCUCUCUCUCUCUCUCUCUCUCUCUCUCUCUCUCUCACUCUCUCUCUCUUCGAUGUUUUA